GAAAGCGCUGUUAGUAUCUUACGAGCGUGAGUUUGAAAAGUUGCUUUUCUUAAUAAAGAUGUUUUAUGUCCCUUGUUGUAAAUCUCUUUACAGUCCUUUAUAGCAAAGAAAAGGUAACUUUCAGCACUAUAGGUUAAAGUUUCAGAGCCCAGAGAUGACCACUCCCAGUAAGACUCCACCUGGGGCAGAUCCUAAGCAGUUGGAAAGAACUGGCACAGUCAGAGAAAUUGGCUCACAAGCAGUCUGGUCACUUUCUUCCUGCAAGCCAGGAUUUGGAGUUGAUCAGUUACGUGAUGAUAACCUGGAAACUUACUGGCAGUCUGAUGGUUCACAGCCUCACUUGGUGAAUAUUCAGUUCAGGAGGAAAACAACAGUGAAGACAUUAUGCAUUUAUGCAGAUUAUAAAUCUGAUGAAAGCUAUACUCCUAGCAAGAUUUCUGUAAGAGUGGGCAACAAUUUUCACAACCUGCAAGAAAUUAGACAACUUGAACUUGUAGAACCCAGUGGCUGGAUUCAUGUUCCCUUAACUGACAACCAAAAGAAACCAAUUCGUACCUUUAUGAUCCAGAUUGCUGUUUUAGCCAAUCACCAGAAUGGAAGAGACACUCAUAUGAGGCAGAUCAAAGUCUACACCCCGGUGGAAGAAUGUUCAGUAGGAAAAUUUCCUAGGUGCACCACCAUUGAUUUCAUGAUGUAUCGUGGCAUAAGAUGAGACACAUUCUUGGUUCAUAAGUCAUUACUAGGCUAACGACCCUAUGGUAACCUUUUUAAGCCUAGUCCUGCUUCUCAAGGUGGGAAUUAAACUCUUGUGGCUUUAAGGUAGACACCUUGAUCAUUAUGCCAACCCACAACCUUCUUGGGAUUAAAACUUCUUAAAAAAAUCAGAAGGAUUAUUUUAUAAAUACAUUUGCAUCUUGGCUACUCAUGAAUGGUGCAAAAUAUUUUUUCAUAUUAUUAACAUCAUUGUCUGGUACUUUUAUGUUUUUUGUCAUAAGACUGAUAAAAAUCAGGGUAAGUGCAUUGUGGUUAUUUUUGUUUCAGUAGCUUUUUAAUAUUUUCAACUGCUUUUAUUUCUAUUAAUUAUAUUUAAUAUUUUAUAUUGUUUUUAAAAGCAUUGUAAUGGUAUGUUCUUUGUUCUGCCAGGCAUUUUUCUAUUUAAUAAAAUGUGAGCUGCGCAGUUUUGUUCAGA